UCAAUCGCCAGUGCGCAUGCGCAGCCCGGGUGACGAAGAUGGUGCUCAUCAAGGAAUAUCGUGUCGUGCUGCCGGUCUCUGUAGAAGAGUAUCAAGUUGGACAGCUGUACUCUGUGGCCGAAGCUAGUAAGAAUGAGACUGGUGGAGGAGAAGGCAUUGAGGUGCUGAUGAAUGAACCCUAUGAAAAAGAAGGGGAGAAGGGGCAGUACACACACAAAAUAUACCAUCUAAAGAGUAAAGUCCCAGCAUUUGUGAAGCUGUUUGCACCAGAAGGUUCACUAGUAUUUCAUGAAAAGGCCUGGAACGCCUACCCAUACUGUCGCACUAUUGUGACGAAUGAGUACAUGAAGGAUGACUUCAUGAUAAAGAUUGAGACGUGGCACAAACCUGAUAACGGGACGAUAGAGAAUGUUCAUGAUUUGGAUGAGACAACUUGGGAGACUGUGGAGGUGGUUCCCAUAGAUAUUGCAAACAAGGAAGAAGUGGCUCCUGGGGUGAGUUUUUAUACUAGUGGACUUCAGAGUAGAGUCCCCUUCCUUUACACACGUACGGCCAUGCUAGACAGGUUUUUGCAUCCCGUCAAUGAAGAAGUCUGGAUCUCUCAGCACCAGUGA